AUGUCUGCCUCUCUGCCGGGUUCGCGAGACUUGCCCUCGUCGCAGUAUGAUUUGUCCACCUACUAUGGACGGGUGAGGCACACGAUAAGCAUCACGGAUCCAAGCACUCUGCUCGCUGGUUCGCAUGGACUCGAAAAUGCUAAAAGACUUGUUACCGAGUAUAAGACGGGAAAGCUGCCGCACAUGACACCCGAGCUAUGGCACGCCAAGAAGAUUGUCGACUCAACCCUUCAUCCAGACACCGGAGAACCAGUGUUUCUGCCCUUCCGAAUGUCAUGCUUCGUCCUUUCGAACCUAAUCGUCACGGCUGGUAUGCUACAGCCUGGUCUUGGAACGGCAGGCACCGUGGCAUGGCAAGUUGGCAACCAGUCGCUCAACGUUGCCAUCAACAGCUCGAAUGCGAACAAGUCAUCCCCAUUGACCACUGCGGACCUUGCCAAGUCGUACGGCAUCGCCGUCACGGCUUCGUGCUCGGUGGCCCUUGGACUCAACGCACUGGUGCCGAGAUUGAAGGUGUCCCCCAGCACAAGGAACGUCCUCAGCCGACUGGUACCGUUCGCAGCCGUGGCAACUGCUGGAGCGCUUAACGCAUACCUGAUGCGACGAGGAGAGAUUGUGACCGGCAUCGACGUCCGCCCUGUUCUCUCCGAUGCCGAGAAGAAGAAGCUGACGGAGGAGGGCAAAUCAGAGGCGGACGUCCCAUCUCUGGGCAAGAGUCAGAAGGCAGCCAAGAUUGCCGUCUACGAAACUGCGGCCAGCCGUGUCAUCAACAACACCCCUAUCAUGAUUAUCCCCGCCAUGACCCUCUACCACAUUCAGUUCAAGCAGGCAUGGUACAAGAACUUGAUGGAGAAGGAGUGGCUCAAGGCCCGGCCGCGGAUCGCCUCGACCAUUCCCAUUGGCAUCAACCUCGGUCUGAUUGCUGCUGUUGGGUUUAUGGCACUUCCCCUGGCACUGGCAGUGUUCCCCCAGAAGCAGGCGAUUAGUGCCAGCAGCCUGGAGCCUGAGUUCCAUGGCAAGGGCGGCAACGAUGGAAAGGUCUGGUUCAACCGCGGCCUGUGA